UCUUUGAUUUCUGGCACCUGCUACAUUCAUGGUUCGUUGCAUCCAUCAAACAGGAAACAGAGUUUGACAUGGGUUCACCAGUUCCACAAUCAUUGACAUUCGUUGAAUUUUGAGUAGAUUGAAAAUGCUGCUUCUUCUGAGUUGUUGGAUUAUUGCAGGGAUUACAGCAGAGGACCUGCCACCGAGGCACUACCAGGAAAACAACUCAUUAUGUCUAAAAGUUAGAAAUUCACCACCAUAUCCUGAUAGUUGGUGGAGUUUUAACGAGACUAAAAUUAUUGUUAGGAAUAGAAACAUCACAUCCAAGUACGCAGACAAAGUGGAAUAUAAUUCAAAGGACCACUCCUUGUGCAUCAAGAAACUCACUGAGGCAGACGCUGGCAUCUAUACAUUUAAAUUCUUUAUUUCUGAGGGUCUGAAAACUGAGACCCACAGACUAAUAUUUGAAGAAACUGUUCCCAAACCUGUCAUUAGGAUUUCAGCACUGCACUCCAACCUGUCAGCUGGACCGUGCAACUUCACAGUCAACUGCUCCAUCCAGGAUGACUGGUUGUCGUCUGUCUGUGAUGUAGACGGUUGCAGAACAUCUCAGAAAUCACUCAGGAAGGUCAAAAUCACCAUCUUCACUGACAACAAAUCUAUUGCCUGCAGUGGCAACAACCACGUCAGCACAAGCAAUGUGUCUGAAAGCAUAGAGGCAACGUGUUUUAGAAAAUCUAAUCCUGAACAUGAAGAGACAUCAGAAUCACCCACUGCAAUAGUAAUAGUAAUAGUAAUAGUUAUAGUGUUUGUAUCCCUCUGUGCUUUUACUUUCUGUGUGGCUAAGGGACUCUUUUCAACAGAAGACAAUCGCUAUCAGGCAGAGACCUCUACUGCUCAGAUAAUACAAAGCCAGUCAGUGGAGGCACAGCCACAGCCUGUGCAGAGAGUCUCUUCCUCUUCUUCCAGUCAAGCUGAGGCCUUUUAUGAAAACGUGGAUGCCACACAGCCCUGCCAGACCAUCAGCCCAACCAUCAGCUCAAGAGAGGACUUGGAGUCCAAGCAAAGUCAGAAAGUAGAUAGUGUCUACAGCGUUUUACAGGUACCAAAGGUGACUUCCUCCCUAGGCAAGAAGACACAAGAGGCAUCGACUUCACAGUGUGUCACCCUGCAUGAGUCAGAGCCCCCUGGGCAGAUUGACACACUCUACAGUGUGUUGCAUAGGCCACAACAUCUGAAGUCACAGCACCACCAAUAGGUCAACAACAAGAUUUUCAGAAGCGAAAGAGAUGAAGAUGAGAAGCGAAAGAAGCCCGUUAGACUCUGUGUCAGCCAGAAUGAUGAUAUGGACAAAAGAGGACACACCUUUGUGGAUUAUGCAGUUAUUUUGUACAGUGUUUUGGUAUUGUAUUUGUUUUCUUUCAGAAUAAAUAUGGGGCUUAAUUAUAUAUAUUCUUUAUAAAAAAUGAAUAAAACACGGAUUAUCUGUAUUUUCUUCAAUAAUAAUAACCACUUUCUAUUAUCAUAUGAA